UCUGGCGGUACUGAAUCCCAAACAGCUAUUCCUUGUUUGGUAGCUGUUGUCUUUCGCAUCACAUUUUGAAUUCUCUCUCUCCCUCCCACAUCACACGCCAAACACCCCCCUCUUAAAAACACACACCAACACAAUUCCCUCGCUCUUCAAAAUCCAUCUCAACCAAAAACUCUUUAUUUUUCUCGGCGCGCUCUUUCGCACAUCCCUUUCAUUCUCAUUACUCUCUGUGCAAACUACUCACCAUCCAUCAUCCAGGUUCUGCAGAGAAGCGAAGAAAUGUCGGUGAGUUCGAGUUCCAGGGGAAGAAUAACGACGGAGCUUCAAGUCCCGAAGAAAUGGACAGACAGAGAAACAAGUCCUGAGAGAACCAAGGUUUGGGCCGAGCCAAAGACCAAAACGGCAAAAAAAGUCUCCGUCGUUUACUACCUCUCCCGAAACGGCCAACUCGAGCACCCUCACUUCAUGGAAGUUCCUCUCUCUUCGCCUCACGGUCUCUACCUCAAAGACGUUAUCAACCGCUUGAACGCCCUCCGGGGCAAAGCCAUGGCCACCUUGUACUCUUGGUCCGCCAAACGGGGCUACAAAAACGGCUUCGUUUGGCAUGAUUUGUCGGAGAACGACUUCAUCCACCCGACGCAAGGACAAGACUACAUUCUCAAAGGAUCGGAGAUUGUUGAGCACGGUGUAGCCGCCGUCGCCGCUAGGGUUAACAAAUCGGAGGAAGAGUCCAAUUCGCCGGUGGCGAUCACGAGACGGCGAAACCAGUCGUGGAGCUCUAUUGAUAUGAAUGAGUACCGAGUUUAUAAGUCCGAAUCUUUCGGUGGCUCGGCUGAGAGAAUCGGCGCCGACGCGGCGACUCAGACGGAGGAGAAGCUGAGGCGGAGGAGGGCGGCGAGGGAGGAAGAAGUGGUGGAGAUUCAAGAGAAGAAUGAUAGAAGAAUUGAAGCGGGAAUGGAGGGAGAGAGGGUCCCGCACGUGACUUGUGAUGAUAAUGAUAGUAAUAACCACACUACGGAGCUGAGUAGGGACGAGAUCUCUCCUCCACCGUCGGAUUCGAGCCCCGAGACGCUGGAGACGCUGAUGAACGCGGAUGGACGGCUCGGACUGCGGUCUUCGGAAUCCCAGAAGGACAAUCUGACGGUGGAGAGCUGUCCUAGUGGGAGGAUGAGAGCUUCGUCUGUUUUGUUGCAAUUAUUAUCGUGCGGUGCGGUGUCGUUUAAGGAGUGUGGAGCCAACGCAGUGAAGGAUCGAGGGUUCUCAUUGGUUGGGCAUUACAAGUCCAGGAUGCCCCGCGGAGCAGGGAAUCAUUCGGGAAAGGAAACGGGGACAUCGAUGGAAAUUCCAGAUUUGAGCAGGGUGAGGUUGGAAGAUAAAGAAUAUUUUAGUGGGAGCUUGAUCGAGACCAAGAAAGUGGAAACCCCUGCUUUGAAGAGGUCCUCUUCUUACAAUGCAGAUAGUGGUUCCCGGUUGCAAAUAGUGGAGCAUGAAGAAGAUGUAGUGCGGGCAAAGUGCAUACCACGGAAGUCGAAGACACUACCAACCAAAAAAGAAGAAGGUGCUUCCAUGCAUAUUGUUAGCAGUAGCAGACAUGGGAGCAAAAGAUUUGACCCACAACAAUAAAUUGAUACUUUGAAAUUUGGAUGAAUAUAAAGCGAAAGGAAACCUUGUUAAUGGAGGCUUGUAGCUGAUGCCUGAUAGUGGAGGAGAAGAGGACAAAAAGCUUAGGGAUGUGAGGUUAGAACGAGAAGUGUGGAAGAAUGUAUAAAUAUAUGGAAGCAGAUAGGAUCUGUACUAAUCAAGUAGGGACAGUAUAGUGAUCUAGAGCUUUGCAAUUUGCAAGUCACGGCAUGGUGGGCAUACACGUCGAGGUAGGGUUAGCUAUGGAAAGAAAAUACUACUAGCCCUUGUGCAUUUUGAUAUGUAGGUUUUGGCCUAAAGUCUGUACAUGUAAGGGUGGUAUCUGUUUCCAUUUUGAUAUGGCUCUUCUGUGGCGGUGGUAAUUGCUUUUUUAUUUAUUUAACUUUUGAGUAUACUUCAUUAAUGUUAAAGAUCUAA